AUGGACGUAAACAAAAUAAUCCAAAAAUAUCAUUCGGCUGCGGUUCGGUUCGCAUUGUUCAACAAAUUAAACUUAAAUAAAAGUAGUUUUAAGUAAUAGAAACAUGUUUUUCGAAAAGAUUCGACAGCUCACACUUUUGCUGGAGAAGCAGGAAUUGGAGGCUCCGAAUGGCAUCGUUUCGGUUCAGCUGUACUCGGAACUGUUCGCGGCUUACCUCUAUCAGAACGACCUAUCUAAUGCCCGGUACCUCUGGAAACGGAUUCCGCCGAGUGUGAAAGCUGGCCACGCCGAACUGGAGCAGAUGUACAAAGUGUUCCAGUGCCAGUGGAACAACGACACGGCCGGGUUCUACAAGGCCAUCAACUACGACUGGUCCAAGCAUGUGUCCGAGCUGAUGUUCGAAUUGAAGGAGAAAAUGCAGCAAGAAACCGUAAACCUGAUCGGCCGGGCUUACAGUUCGAUUUUUGAGAACGUCCUCGCCGAAAUGACUAACCAAACGCCGGACAUGAUCGACGAGAUGUGCAAGAAUCUGAACUGGGAGAUUGUCGAAGGUCCACGCCCACGGUUGAUUCUGCCCAAACAUCCACCGACGGAUAAACCCUUGGUGGUUACCGCAGAAGACCAGCUGCAAAAGUUGACAGAUUUUGUGUCGUUUUUGGAAAAUUGAUUUGCUUUCUGGAAUUUGAACUUUCUGAAGUUUAAUUACUCAUGUACAUUUAUUGAUUUGAAAUAAACGAUUAUCUUAUGAA